AUGCCGACAGAACUAGAAGAUCUGGUGGAGUUCCUUCACCAUGGCAAUACGCAGAUUCGACAGAUUGCCUGUGAGAAUCUUGUUGGGUUCUCCACGGCCCAGCCAGGUCUCUUCAAGCGACAGCAACUACUCCCCGUGCGAGACCUGAAGCUGUUGGCCAAAGACUACACCCCUAUUGCGAAAAAUGCCUUGACGAUCCUUAUCAACCUCUCCAGCGACGAGGAGAUCCUGGAGUGCCUGGCCAGCGAUGACGAAUUCCUCGAGACGUUGCUGAAGAAGCUCAUGAAUGUCAAGGAGCCCAACGCCGAUGAGUUUGCCAUGUUGCUGGCCAAUCUCGUCAAAUCCGACCACCUCAAGAAACUCCACACCCUGAAGCGGAAAGCCCCCGCGGCGGUUUCCACCUCCGAGAAUGCCAUCGACCAGCUGAUGGACUGCUUCGUGAAGGGUGCCGAGGGCGACCUCAACAAGCACGCCAACUUCGACUACCUCUCCUAUCUUUUUGCCGAUAUAUCCCAAUCCGAGACGGGGAGAGCGUAUUUCACCACGCGGCAGGAAUACGACGGAGUGGUUCCCAUCACUAAACUGACCGUCUUCACGGAACACAAGAGCGAUAUCCGACGAAAGGGAGUUGCCUCCACCAUCAAGAAUGUGGCCUUUGAUGUCGAUUCGCACCCCAUGCUCUUCGGCGAGGACGAUGUCAACUUGCUGCCAUAUCUGCUUCUUCCGAUCGCGGGACCGGAAGAGUUCCCAGAUGACGAGAUGAUGUCGAUGUUACCGGAUCUACAGCUCCUACCCCCCGACAAGAAGCGAGAUAGCGACAACACUAUCAUCACCACCCACCUAGAGACUCUACUCCUUCUGACUACGACUCGGGAGGGCCGAGAAAAGAUCCGCGCCGCGCAAGUGUACCCCUUCGUUCGGGAAUGCCAUCUCCACGUGGAGGAUGAGGAGGUGCGGGAGGCUUGUGACCGACUGGUGCAAGUGAUUAUGCGCGAUGAGGAGGGUGAUGGUGAAAAGACUGAUGCUGAAUUGGCUGAGGCUCAGAAGCAGAUUGAGGCUCCUCAACCAAAGAAUGAGGAUGAGGAGGUGGUGGAAUUGUUCUGA